CCACGUAAUGACGCAUGCGCAUCAGUCCGCUUGUCGUUUGGCGACGUGUACCCGGUGAGUGGAAGUACUAAGGAUUCUUAACUCGCUGGGUAACAAGCGGCCAUAAACCAAACUAAAAGGGCCUUAAAAGAGCAAAAGUAUGGGAGGUUCGCAGAGUGUGGAGAUACCGGGAGGAGGCUCCGAGGGAUACCACGUCCUCCGGGUUCAAGAGAACUCGCCUGGGCACCGGGCAGGGCUGGAGCCUUUCUUUGACUUCAUCGUCUCCAUCAACAACACCAGACUGAACAAGGACAACGACACAUUGAAGGACUUGUUGAAAGCCCAUGUCGAGAAACCAGUGAAGAUGCUAGUUUACUCCUCAAAGACUCUGGAGCUGCGGGAGGCCACCGUGACCCCCAGCAACCUAUGGGGGGGUCAGGGCUUGCUCGGUGUCUCCAUUCGCUUCUGCAGCUUUGAGGGAGCCAAUGAGAAUGUGUGGCAUGUCCUGGAAGUGGAGCCUAAUUCCCCAGCAGCCCUUGCUGGCUUGCGGCCACACACUGACUAUAUAAUUGGAGCCGAUACUGUUAUGAAUGAGUCCGAGGACCUCUUUUCUCUAAUAGAGAGCCACGAGGGGAAGGGCCUGAAACUGUAUGUGUACAACACAGACACUGACAACUGCAGAGAGGUGGUUAUUACACCUAACACUGCCUGGGGAGGAGAGGGCAGCCUUGGCUGUGGGAUUGGCUAUGGAUACCUCCACAGGAUUCCCACCCGACCGUUUGAGGAGGGGAAGAAGAUCAGUUUCCCUGGAACUUCUUCCAGUGAGCCUGUCAGUCCACUGAAAGACGGAUUUACUGAGGUGCAACUUUCAGCAGUCACCCCUCCUCCUGCUGCACCUGCAGUUCCCUCUGGCCUUGAAGGGUCACUGUCUGCCCUGUCAAUCAGCACCUCAGCCCCGCCCACCAUGCCCAGCGAGCUACAGACAGGUUUGCCCACAGUCCCUCUUCUGCCCACCUCCACUAACCCCUCACUCACCCCUCUGGCUCCACUGAAUCCUGCCACUGCCGGCUUGAACCCAGCCACCACGCUACCAGGUCUGAUACCCCUCCCAGGUAGCUUAACAGCACUCCCUAACCUUCCCAACCUGCCAGUCCUAGAUCUCAGUGGUGUGUCACUAGCAGGCGGCAGCACCUUACAGCCACCAGCAGGGAUGACAGUCCCAUCUCUGGCUCCACUCCCACCCCUGAACCUUUCAAAUCUGGCCACGUUGCCUCCUCUGCCCACCAUGCUGCCCUCCCAGCUGCCUCCUGUCCUCUCUCAGGGUUUGACUCCCAUGUUGCCAACUUCCACUGCCGCCCCUCCAGCUUCAGUUACGGUCACAGCGGCACACAUGAUUAAUCCAGCCUCCGAAGCCACAGCCCCCACAGAGGCAGGAUCCACAAGCACCACGGAAUCUCCAGCACCUACGGAAACAACACUAACGUCGUCAUAACGUGGGAAAUAUGACUCCACUUCCUGUCAAACUCAAACACACCUGGUUUGGCUUAUCCUUCCAUCUGUCGUUCUCCGUCUUUUCUAUUUAUUUGGCCAAGAGUGAACAGACGCAUCAAUUCAGACACAGAGGUCAGCAUGCUCACGGGCAAGGAAGCUUGUGUGGAGCGAAGGAGGAUGCAGAGAACGGAAAGCGCCUGUAGACUGGUCUGACUGCUGUGUCUGUAUUGCCUGAUGGCCAUAACGCAGAGGAACUGUUAGCACUGCAGCUUGCCUAAGCUACUGUAUGAGGAAGAUGAAGUCUACUCAUUCAUUUGUAGUUUACUUUUCACUUCCGCAGUUAGACAAGGCAAGGACCUCUUGAGAUUUUCACCUUUCUUGUAUGGCAAACCUCUCUGUUUAAGUUUUAUAUAACAAUUUAUGUUAAUGGAUCUGGAUGAUAAACACAGUUUAUUGAAUUGCCAACAUAAUAAAGAUAAAAUCCGGGAUUACAGCUGGAAGUUAGAUGUUACAUGAAUUAGUCCAGUCCAGAAUUAAACUCACCAUACUGGAAGAAAUCAGACCAUAAACCCAAGAAAAGAAAUGUUUGUGCUGCUGAAUAAACAAGUAAACAAAUCCUGAGUGUGAUCAACCAACAAUUUCCUGUAUCUUUUUUUUUUCUUAUUAGUUAAUAGAACCACCAGUCAGAUUAAUUUGAGUCAUGUGUAUUCCUUUUUGUUGCUGUAUGUUUCCACCCAAUGAAUGAAUCUGCAUUAUUUUGCACCACCUUUGUGUUUUGAAAUUUAAUCCUCUUGUGUGUCUCCUUGUAUAUCCAAAAUCUGUACUUCAUACCAUCGCAGCAACACAGAACAGUGAGAGCCCGAAGGCCGUGACAGAGGUUUACACAAACAUGAGCUACUGAGUAGAGUGUGCACUUGCUGCUGGAUACAUUAAACUUGUGAGAGGUUUUUAAUGCAGAGCAUAUCUCCUGGCAUGGUCUGAGUGGAGUGGCAGAGCUGCAGUAUGGCCACAAGGUGUCACUAUAACAGAACUUUCUGAGAAUAUCUACAGUAUGUACAGGUCACGCAAUAAAGCCAAAUAAAUUUUAACAGCU